AUGCAAGAUUUUACAGAUUUACAUAGCUAUUCUUCCAUUCAACAUUCAACUGAGUGGGGUGUACUGGAUAGCUCAAUUGAAGAAAUAAUACACAUUAUUUGUAUUAUGUCAAAACUUUUUAAGUCUCAACUUUAUUCAUACUCUUGGUAUUGCUAUAACCACCUUAUUAUUACUCUAGAUAAAUUUAUCGAAAAUAGUGAGAAAAACACCAAAUAUGGUCAUUAUGAAGAUGAAGGUUUGACGAAUAUGAGUGAAAAAAGGAAGAACCUAGCAAAACAGCUCAAUGAAUUUGAUAAUCUUUCAGAAAAAGUUCAGCAUUUGCGCUUUCAAGAUGCGAGGCAAUCUCAUUGGGGUGGCAACAAAUUUUCAAAACACUUACAUUGGCUAGGUGAAAUGGCGGAAACUAAAAACCAAAAUAAGGACUGGAUAAAGGCAAACUAUAUUGGUUGUCUUUCUUGGUCUGAAAGAUUAUUAAAUAGAAUGGAAAAAUCGAUUAUGGUUGUUCCUGAUGUAAACCAGUGUGUUGGACAUGCAUUUGCCUUUGCAUUUCUACAGCAAGUUGUAGUGGAGCCCUCUGUACAAUAUGAAUCCAAACUACAAAACCUUUUGGAGAGAAUAAAAAACACCUAUACAGUUGAAACCAAGUUUGGACAAGCAGUUGGAUACAAAUUCCAAAUUUUUCAAAAAUCAAGUGAUAAUAAAGAGAAACUAAACUCUUUAAAGGCAAUCAGAAGGUUAUUACCGACUAUCGGUGAAUAUAUUAUUAAAUUAACUCGGUUGCAAAGAAUGGGUACAAUAUGGUGUAACUCUAUCCUAUCAAUCUCAGUUGGAAACACUAGAAAGUUCCUGAACGGAUUGCUACCAUUAAUAAAUAAUUUGAUUAAUAGUCUCUCAAAUAAACUAUUUGCUUUAGGGCAAUUUACUGAAUUAAAAGAAGGCAAUGAAAUUCUGAGUAUUUUUGGAGAGUACGUUAAAGGCAAAAUUAUACAUUCUAACUUUUUAAAUAUUUUUGGGGACCUUUAUGAGCUACUUAAUGCAUCUUGGAGAAUUGUUACAAUUACUUCCAUUUUAGUUCCUUCUUCGAAAGCAGAAUUAUCAAACAUUGUAGAGCACAAAUAUGGUACAACAUUGGAAGCUCUUAGGCGUGAUAUUUUAAACCGAAAAAAUGAGUCCCAUGUAUUUGAGUGGCCAUCAAAUCUAAAUCAAGAGACUUCUAAUUAUUUCAAUGGAGAAAAGAAUUCACUUUUAAUUUCUUUAUUUGAUACACUGGAUGAAUACUGGAACGCAUGUGCCACAUUGCAUCCUUUAUUGCACAAACUUUGUAUGGUGGCUGGCAGAAUUCGUACUAUAAUGAUCCUCUUAAAUCUUCCAAUCGCAAGCCCAAUCACUUGGAAAAGAUUUAUUCCGAUUAACGGCUUGUCUGGAACCAAUUCUGAUACUUUAUCAUUUACAUAUGCAACGAGGGCAAUAAUUGAAGGCACACUUGGUUAUCCAUCUAAUAGUUCAAUCGAAUGGGAUUUUGUAAAUUAUCAACAGUCUAGAUUAUGUGGUAUAGAUGCCGCAUCUUCAUUAAUCACUGGGGAUUUAAAUAAAACUGUUGAUAAGAUUUAUAUUGAAAGCAAUGAAAGCAAUAAUAAACAUUUGAUUAUUCAUUCUAAUAUUCCCUUAUGUGGAGUAUGCGCAUUACCUGUUUCUACAGAGUCCACCGUUAAUACGCAUUAUUUUGAUUUAGAUGAGUUCAGAUAUGCUUCAAAAUCAACACUAGUGCGUGGUAGAUGGUAUCAUCAAACUUGUUUAGAACUAUUAAAUUCUGAAUCAGAGCGUGAAUGCCAUUCUUUAUUCGUGCUACCACAAAUAAAUAUUCCUCAAAUAAUAUAG